AUGGAUAACGGACUGGAAGGAUCCCCACCCCCUACGAGGGAUGGGCGUGGCAACACCCGGAGGGUCAUCGGCAUCAGGAGAAUAAACUACUCGGGGACAGGGCUACCCCAAGUGGAGACACCCAGCUCCCCAGAGGACACCCACAGCGGAGGAGCCAGUACGUCGGAGCCACUCCCAGAGAAACAGGGCGAGUCCCCCGAGCCUCCAAGCUCCCCGGAACUCCCCGUCCUGAACCAGCAGGAGAUCCAGGCCUUCUACAGGGAGUCUCUCCUCGCCAUGAAGGCCGCAGACAGUGCAAGACAACUGGCACCACCCACCACCCCGGGCAAUGAGCUGGUGUUCUAUGACUCGUAA